UCUACGCGCUUCUUAUAUAUCGAUAAAAUGGGUCCCAAAAAGGCAAAAGGGAAAACAAUGGAUAAUGUCGAUGGAGUGGAUACAACGAAAAUGAAUAGAGAGCAAUUGGAAAUAUAUGCUCAUAAGAUAUUAGAAGAAAUGGAACGUGAACGAGAGGAAAGAAAUUUCUUUCAAUUAGAGAGAGAUAAAUUGCGAACUUUUUGGGAAAUUACAAGACAUCAGCUGGAUGAAGCGCGCGCUACAGUCAGAAAUAAAGAACGCGAGAAAGAGGAAUUGGCAGAGAAACACGAGGCCGAACUCAAGUUAUACAAGCAGAAAGUAAAACACUUGAUGUACGAGCAUCAGACUAAUUUGUCCGAGAGUAAAGCCGAGCAUCUGGUUGCUCUCAAAUUGGCGCAAGACGAUCACGUUGCGCAAGAGAACGAACUUAUUAAAGACAAAACGCAACUCAAGAAAACGCAGAAGGAACAGGAAUUGGAGUACAUGAAUGAGAUACGAGCGUUGAAGAUGCACCAUUCGGAGGAAAUGAAUAACAUGAUGAAAAAAUUCGAAUCUGAAGCGAUAGAAUUGGAGCAAAAAUACGAACAGAAAUUAACCAGUCAAUACGAGUCUUUAACAUUGAAGCAUCGAAUGGAAAUUACAGAAGUGGAGGAGAGAAAGAACGCGCAAAUUGCGAAUUUGAUGAAAAAUCACGAGAAUGCGUUUGCCGAGAUGAAAAAUUAUUACAAUGAUAUCACUCUCAAUAAUUUAUCGUUAAUUAAAAGCAUGAAGGAACAAAUGGAAGCGAUGAGAAAUAACGAAGAACGUAUGAAAAAGCAAGUGCGAGAAUUGACAAUGGAGAAUAAAAAAUAUUCGGCUGAUUUAAAAUCUUUGCAAGAAACAUCUUCCGAGCUUAACCGUCAGCUUACAAAUUAUGAGAAAGAUAAACAAAUUCUAGCUAGUACGAAACGGAGAUUGUCCACAGUAGCGAAGGAUCUAGAAAAUUUAAAAUGGGAAAAUGAAGUGCUCGAACUGCGUUUUGAAAAAUGUCAAUCCGAGAGAGACGAGUUACAUUCUAGAUUUGUCUCGGCUAUUUUCGAAUUGCAACAGAAAACGGGUUUGAAGAAUGUCCUUUUGGAGAAAAAAUUAGAAAAAUUAUCGGAGUUACUGGAGCAACGAGAAGCGCAAAUCAGCGAAGUAUUGGCCGCAGCUCAAUUAGAUCCUGCAGCGGUAAUCAAUGCGAAUAAAAAAUUAGAGGAUAUGCUUAAUAGAAAAAAUACUGCAAUACAAGAUCUGCAAUAUGAAUUGGCAAAAGUUUGCAAAGCACACGAUGACUUAUUAGCGACUUAUGAGAGUAAAUUGCAAGAAUAUGGAAUUCCCAAAGCUGAACUUGGAUUUCAGCCUCUGAGAAUGAGGAUAGCCGGUGCGAAAUUGGGCCUAGGUCCAACAAGUUUUGUUACUGUGAAUCAGUAAUAUACAUUUUAUAAUUAUUUAUAUAUAAUCAAUUUUUGUGGUAACUUUAUAUGCCCUUGUCUGAGAAAAUUGCGGCGUAUUUUAUUACUGUUUUUACACACUUUAAUGAAAGGGCUAUGAGCAUUUUUGAUAAGUUUGAUACUACACAGAAUGAUCAAUAAUAUGCGAAUUGAUGGAUGUAGCGAUACCUCUCUUAUUGAAAGAAACACUGAAACAUAUAAUUUUUAAUAUAAUUAAUACAUAUAAUUUUGACACAGAGUAUUUUUAUUCUGUAAAACGAAUACAUUUUCAGCUUACGCGUGUUUCCAAAAAUUACAUAAAAUUAUCACAGAGAAUGUACAGAGUAGAUCGUACCGAUGCCUGGAAGUUGUAUAGUCUCAGUAAUUAUUUAUAUUUUUAUCAUCAGAUACACACAACAUAUCGGAUACAUAUUUAUCUUUUUGCUUGUAAUCGCAUUUUUUGUCACAGUUAGCAUUGGCUAAAUGAAAAAUCUUAUUCGCGGUUCAUUUUUUUAUCAUAUAAUUCUAUUACUAAUAGCACAAUUUCUUUUUUGCGCUUCAACAUUUUGUCAGGUAUCUAACAACUGGCAGGCAACAAAUACAUUGAAGAUACAUCCAUAUAUAGAUAAUAACAUAUAGAUAUUAGACACACUGACUAGUCUAACUUGUAAAACACUGUAGGUCAGAUACAUCAGGUCACAUGGUUAUAAUAAAUUUCAAACACUGGCUUUAUAUGUAAAAUAUUUUUCCCCGUCCGCAAAGUAUUUCGCGCAGUAGUCUGUAAACUUUUUUUCUCUUUGUAAUACUUAACGGUUAAGUGAAGAAAUAAUUUAUCAUUUGUUCACAGAUUUGUAAAUAUUAUACAACGCCUUGUAUAGAUAUAUAUAUAUAUAUAUAUAUAUAUGUUUAUGUGUAUAUUAAGAAUUUUGGCACAAUAAGAAAUAGAAUCACAGUUGAAAUCAUUGUACAUUAUAAGACUUAUAGAGAUGGUUGUCAAUAUAUAUAUCGGUUUCGUGAAGUAUUUAUAUUGCACGUUCGCUACGAUAUGAAAUAGACAUUGAAACGUAUAAACACAAUCAAUCUGAAAUUCCACGAUACUAGGCUAUAUGUUAUAGAAAACGAUAUAAAUUAUGAAAUAAUAUCAGAAAAUCCAGUUUUCGGGAAAGAUCUCACGUCAAAGUUAAAGAAUCAUCAAUCAGAUACAGUCCUGAGCACUCUGCACAAAUGUAGAAUUUAUCCGUACGCAUGUUUCUUUUUUUAAUAUAUUAGGCUCUCUCGAUCGCCACUUUAUU